AUGCAAAAUAAAGUAAAGGUGAUUUCAUCCGAUUCAAAAGAGUUAUUUCUUGAUUAUGAGGUUGCUAUACAGAGCCAGAUACUAAAGGCAUUCUUUGGACGUCCAUCAAUGUUCAAGGAAUCUGUCUCAAGAACAAUAGGUUUGCCUAUAAAAGCAAAAUACCUGAAGAAAGCAAUUGAUUUUCUUGAAUAUAAGCGCUCUUUCGAUCCAUCCAAGGAUCAUGAGGAGUUCAAGAUCGAAGACACUGAAGCUUUGGAUAUUCUUGACAUUGCAGCAUAUCUGAAGAUUUGA